AUGGGCAUGGACUUCAGCACGCUCCGGUCCCUCAUCACCAGAUACUGUGUGGGGGAGGAGACCUGGGUGGACAGUCGGACCAUCUACAUCGGUCACAAAGCUCCGCCUCCGGGGACAGAGGCCUUCAUCCAGCAGCGUUACCCUGACAACCGUAUCACCUCCUCCAAGUACACCUUCUGGAACUUCGUCCCCAAAAACAUGUUCGAGCAGUUCAGACGAGUCGCCAACUUUUACUUCCUCAUCAUUUUCUUAGUCCAGCUGAUCAUUGACACUCCCACCAGCCCCGUGACCAGCGGACUGCCCCUAUUCUUUGUCAUCACCGUCACAGCCAUCAAACAGGGUUAUGAGGACUGGCUCAGGCACAAAGCCGACAACUCCAUCAACAAGUGUCCAGUUCAUGUGGUCGACAACGGGAGAGUGACACGCAAACAGAGCCGCAAUCUGAGGGUGGGGGACGUGGUGUUUGUGAAGGAGGAUGAGACGUUUCCUUGCGACCUCGUUCUUCUGUCCACGUCCAGACCCGACGGCACCUGCUUCGUCACCACUGCCAGUUUAGACGGAGAGAGCAGCCACAAGACGUACUACGCAGUGCAGGACACUAAAGCCUACAUCACAGAGGAGGAAGUUGACUCUAUUCACGCCACCAUCGAGUGCGAGCAACCGCAGCCCGACCUCUACAAGUUUGUGGGCCGUAUCCACGUCUACAUGGACAGUGAACCAGUGAGCAGACCGCUGGGAUCUGAGAACCUGCUGCUGAGAGGAGCCACUCUGAAGAACACAGAGCACAUCUACGCUGUGGUGAUCUACACCGGGAUGGAGACCAAGAUGGCCCUGAACUAUCAGAGCAAGUCUCAGAAGAGGUCUGCAGUGGAGAAGUCCAUGAACUCGUAUCUGGUUGUGUAUCUGUUCAUCCUGAUUAGCAAGGCGCUGGUGAACACUCUUCUGAAGUACGCGUGGCAGGCGGCUCCAGAACGAGACGAGCCGUGGUUCAACCAACGCACUGAGGCGGAGCGGCAACGGCACAUCGUGAUCAGGGCCUUCACAGACUUCCUGGCCUUCAUGGUGCUCUUUAAUUACAUCAUUCCCGUUUCCAUGUACGUUACUGUGGAAAUGCAGAAGUUCCUGGGCUCCUACUUCCUGAUGUGGGACGACGACAUGCUUGACCCAGAGCUGGGAGAGAGAGCUGUGGUCAAUACGUCAGACCUCAACGAAGAACUGGGACAGGUGGAGUACGUGUUCACAGAUAAAACUGGAACUCUGACAGAAAACAACAUGGAGUUCAUCGAGUGCUGCAUCGGAGGAAGUGUUUAUGUGCCUCACGCAAUCUGCAACGGACAGGUGAUGUCUGGAGCUGGGAUGGACAUGAUCGACACGUCUCCAGGUCCCAGCGCCAGAGACCAGGAGGAGCUGUUUUUCCGUGCCCUCUGCCUCUGCCACACGGUGCAGGUGAAGGAGGAGGAGACUGUGGAUGGAAUCAAGUUGGGAAUCCACCAGGGGAAGUCCACCUCCUUCUACAUCUCCUCCUCUCCUGAUGAAGUGGCCCUGGUGGAAGGCAUGAAGAAAUUGGGAUUCACGUAUCUGCGGCUCAAAGACAGUCACAUGGAGAUCCUGAACCGGAACGACGAGAUCGAGAGGUUUGAGUUGUUAGAAGUGCUGACGUUUGAUUCUGUGCGGAGGAGGAUGAGCGUCAUCGUCAGGGCUGCCUCCGGAGAGUUGUUCCUGUUCUGUAAAGGAGCAGACUCAUCCAUUUUCCCUCGAGUCGUGUCCGGGAAGAAAGAUGAGGUGAAGGCACGAGUGGAGCGCAACGCUGUGGAGGGCUUGAGGACCUUGUGUGUGGCGUAUCGCAGACUCUCGGCGCAGCAGUAUGCAGAGGUGUGUGGUCUUCUGUCCGAGGCUCGCUUGGCUCUGCAGGACCGCGACAAGAGACUUGCCGACGCCUACGACCGCAUCGAGACCGAGCUAAUCCUGCUGGGAGCAACGGCUGUGGAGGACAGGUUGCAGGAGAAGGCGGCUGACACCAUCGAGUCGCUGCACAAAGCCGGGAUGAAGGUGUGGGUUCUGACGGGAGACAAGAUGGAGACGGCCACCGCCACAUGCUACGCCUCCAAGCUGUUCCGACGCACAACGGUGAUUCUGGAGCUGACGACCAAGAGGACAGAAGAACAAAGCCUCCAUGAUGUGCUGUUCGAUUUGAGCAGGACGGUGCUGAGGCCAGAUCUGUCCUCAGACCUCGGAGAGUUCUCAGACUUCGGUCUCAUCAUCGAUGGAGCGACUCUGUCCGCGGUGCUCAGACCUGAAGAAUCCAACUGUGGAAACUACAAAGACAUUUUCCUGGAAAUCUGUAGAAACUGCAGCGCGGUGCUCUGCUGCCGCAUGGCCCCUCUACAGAAGGCCCAGAUUGUGAAGUUGAUAAAAAUGUCUAAAGAACAUCCCAUCACUCUGGCGAUCGGAGACGGAGCCAACGAUGUCAGCAUGAUCCUGGAGGCUCACGUGGGCAUCGGCAUCAUGGGUAAAGAGGGGCGGCAGGCCGUCAGGAACAGUGACUACGCUCUGCCCAAGUUCAAACACCUGAAGAAGCUCCUGUUGGUUCACGGACACUACUACUACAUCAGAAUAUCACAGCUGGUGCAGUAUUUCUUCUACAAGAACGUCGUCUUCAUGUUUCCUCAAUUUUUAUACCAGUUUUUCUGUGGAUUCUCGCAACAGCCGCUGUAUGACACGACCUACCUGACCCUGUACAACAUCAGCUUCACGUCUCUGCCGAUCCUCGCCUACAGCCUCCUGGAGCAGCACAUCAGCACCGACAUCCUGAAGAAGGACCCCUCGCUCUACAGGGAUAUCGGAAGGAACUGCCUCCUAAGAUGGCCGACGUUCGUGUACUGGACGCUGCUGGGCGUGUACGAGGCCGUGGUCAUGUUCUUUGGAGCUUACUUCCUAUUCGACAACACCACAUUUACCAGCAACGGACAGCUCAUGACGUCCAACACUCAGAUGAUGUUUGGAAACUGGACGUUUGGGACACUGGUUUUCACUGUUCUGGUUUUCACGGUCACCUUCAAGUUGGCGCUCGACACUCACUACUGGACCUGGAUCAACCACUUUGUGAUCUGGGGCUCGCUGCUCUUCUAUGUGGUCUUCUCUCUUCUGUGGGGAGGGAUCAUCUGGCCGUUCCUGAACUACCAGCGCAUGUAUUACGUCUUCAUGCAGAUGUUGGCGAGUGGCCCGGCCUGGCUCAGCAUCAUCCUGCUCACCACGGCCUGCUUAGUGCCUGAUGUGGCCAAGAGUGUCCUGUGGAGGGCGCUGUGGCCUAGCACCACAGAGAAGAUCCAGGUGCUUGCUGGUAAACGUUACCGCUCCUCUCUCCAUCUCGCAGACCGCUUGUACCAGGGACACCUCGCAGACUUCACCCCACUCACCUCACUCCGCUCUGGGCUCGAGCAGGACCAGCACAGCCGGUGGCAACAGGAGGACCAGCACAGCAGACCGACCUGGUGUGGGCCGUGUGCCAGCGCUCUGCCCCGGACCUCCCCCUGA